AUGCAGCAGCAGAAGCAGCAACAGAAGCAGCAGGAGAAGCGACAGAAGAAGCAGCAGCAGCAGCAGCAGAAGCAGAAGCAGCAACAGAAGCAGCAGGAGCAGCAGCAGGAGCAGCAGCAGAAGCAGCAGCAGAAGCAGCAGCAGAAGCAGCAGCAGAAGCAGCAGCAGAAGCAGCAGUUUGCUUACCCCACAAUUCGUUCUUGCAGGGCCACUCAACACGACCUUAAAUAG